AUGCAUUUAUUACCCUCUUCCUCCUCUACUGCACAAUCACUGGUUGCAUUUGUGGCUAUCACUCUUGUGCUGUGCCAACAAGCUUGCAGUGCCAAGCAUCGCCCAACUUGCCUUCCUUCCUCAUGCGGAAAAAUUCACAGUAUAAAAUAUCCAUUUCGACUGAAAGACGAUCCAAGCGGGUGCGGUCUCCCAAGGUACGAAUUAGAUUGCGUGAAUAACGUCACAGUGUUGACUCUGUUUUCAGGGAAAUAUCAUGUGCUCGACAUCGAUUACAAUAAGUACCAGAUCCGAUUGACUGAUGCCGGUGUUGCAGAGGACAGUGCUUGCUCCAUUCCUCGCUAUUUCUUAUACAAAGGAAAUUUUAGUUUUUUCAAUCUCAGGAAUAUUCCUGACUUAGUUUAUUUGGAUUUGUAUUCGGAAUUGGGGGAAAUGGACUCGUGGCCUCCAAGCAUAGGGUUCUUAAACUGUACUAAUCCAGUAACUGAUGAUGAUCCUCUAUAUGUUAAAGUGGAGGCCAGUGACUGUGAUUCCAGAGGUCAUAUGUAUGCUGUUGUGAUGAAUGAAAAUCGAUAUAGUCGCAUGGGAGACAUUAAGGUUGGGUGUCGUUUAAAGGUAGCAACCUUUGCAGACGCAGAAUGGACACACGCCAACCUUUCCUAUGCUGAUAUUCGUCAAUAUUUGGGAAACGGAUUUUUGUUAUCUUGGUUCGCACCAGUUAUUUGUAGGGAUCACUGCGGAAGUGGAGUCACGUGCUCUCUCAUUAACGAAACCACAGAACGAGUUGAGUGUGGAUACAAAGGGCACUGCCAUAUCUGGGAAUAUGAAUCCGAAAACUGCGGACUUCCAUUCAUAAUUCUUCAAUAUAUACGACUAAUUCCUGGCCAUACAGUAGGUUUUGUCUUUGACGCUAUAAUGGGAUUUGUUCAUAGAAUAAGUUAUGGCGAGAGCCACUGGGACAAGAAUGAAGUACAAUACUUUGCGACAUAUCCCGACAAAAGCGAGUGGGAUUACAAAGGAGAAAUUGUUGGAGAAAAUGUUCUGCCAAUAUUCGUAUCAGUAUUUGUGGGAACCAGAAUUCUAUUUGGAGUCACACUUUUGCUUGUCCUGUUUAUCUAUAGGUGGCGUCGAAGACAUCAUUCAGUGUAUGGAAAUAUUGAAAAUUUUCUGCUAGACAACAGUUUAAACCCCGUUAGGUACGAAUACAGUGAAGUCAAGAAAAUGACUAGAAAUUUCAAACAAAAAUUGGGUCAAGGUGGUUUUGGCUAUGUAUAUAAAGGAAAACUUCGAUGUGGAUCAGAUGUUGCAAUAAAGAUGUUGAAGAAAUCCAAAGUUAAUGGGCAAGAGUUUACGAGUGAAGUGGCUACCAUUGGUAGAAUACAUCAUGUGAAUGUUGUUCGUCUUAUUGGAUAUUGUGCUGAAGGAGAAAAACGUGCACUAGUAUACGAAUACAUGUCUAAUGGUUCUUUGGAUAAAUACAUUUUCUCUAAAGAAGGAAGUGUCCCUUUAAGCUAUGAGAAAACAUAUGAAAUAUCUCUUGGCAUAGCUCGUGGGAUUACCUAUCUUCAUCAAGACUGCGAUGUCCAAAUUCUACAUUUUGAUAUCAAGCCUCAUAACAUUCUUCUAGAUGAUAGUUUCAUUCCAAAGAUUUCAGAUUUCGGACUUGCAGAGUUAUAUAAUGUAAAGGAUAGAUCUGUUGUUUUAAGUGGAGUGAGAGGAACUCUAGGUUACAUGGCUCCUGAAUUGUUUUAUAAAAAUAUUGGUGGAGUGUCAUAUAAGGCAGAUGUCUAUAGUUAUGGAAUGCUUUUGAUGGAAAUGGGAAGUAGGAGGCGAAAUUCAAAUCCUCGUGCAGAGCAUUCAAGUCAACAUUAUUUCCCUUUUUGGAUCUAUGAUCAAUUUAAAGAAGAAAAGGAAAUUGACAUGAAAGAUGCGUCCGAAGAGGACAAGAUUCUACUGAAAAAAAUGUUCACAGUGGCACUUUGGUGUAUACAAUUAAAACCAGAUCAUCGUCCUUCGAUGAAAAAGGUUGUAAAGAUGCUGGAAGGAAAAGUUGAAAGUCUUGAAAUGCCUCCAAAGCCUGUUUUUUAUCCUGAUGAAAUAAUUGGAGAUGAUGGUGGAAUCAACUCUGACCAAAACAUCUUCGAGUGA